GUUAAAAGUCACGCACAAAGCAGUAAAGGAGUGGUGCACCCAGGUAUGAUCAUAAUACAUCCUGUGGUAUAUAACGUGCUAGCUCACUUGAACUCAGAUUCAUUUCUGCCUUGAACGUUGGAUAGAGCCAAGAUGGGGAAAAGGCGGUUCUCAGGGAUGGAAGUGACCCUGAUGGUCCUCUUCCUGUUGAUGGCUGUGACAACCGUCACUCUCAUAGCGCUGUAUUUCACCAGAGAACCUGAGGCUGCUAAAGAAGACCCGGAUAUAACUCCAGAAGCAUUUGUCCCUCAGUGUCCAAACAUUCCUCUGUCUCAUCGAGUAGACUGUUUCCCUGAUGCUGGAGCCUCAAAGCAAAAAUGUGAGCAGCGCGGAUGUUGCUGGAGCCCGCUGGAUGAGCGAAAUGUUCCCUGGUGUUUCUUCCCAGUCAACCAUGGAUACACAGCGGAAUCAGUGAACAAACCCAGUGCUAGUGUAAUGACAGCCACACUGAAGAGAAUGGACGCUCCCUCCUUAUUUGGGGCUGAUGUGAAGGAGCUGUCAUUGCACGCAGAAAUGCAGACGAACAAACGACUCCGAUUUAAGAUCUCUGAUGCCAACAAGAAGAGGUUCGAGGUCCCCCAUGAGCACAUCGCCGGCCUCAACAUUGACCCAACCGGCAACAUUGGUGACGUACUGGAGAUAACAAACAAACCCUUCGGCCUCAGUGUGAUUAGGAAGGAGACCAAAAAAGUCCUGUUCGACACUACAAUGGCUCCACUGGUGUUCGCGGACCAGUACCUACAGCUGUCCGCUAAGCUUCCGUCCCAUAAUAUUUAUGGCCUGGGAGAGCAUGUGCAUCAGAACUAUCGCCUUGACACAAACUGGAGGACCUGGCCCAUCUUCACCAGGGAUGCUUUCCCUAACGGGGGAACCCACAACCUCUACGGGCAUUACCCCUUCUUCCUCUGUCUGGAAGAUGAGAGCGGAAAGUCGUUCGGGGUCUUCCUCAUGAACAGCAACGCUAUGGAGGUGGUUUUGCAGCCCGCUCCUGCUGUGACCUACAGAACAAUUGGAGGAGUCCUUGACUUCUACAUUCUCUUUGGAGACACUCCAGAACAAGUGGUGCAGGAGUUCCAGGAGCUCAUUGGCAGGCCUGUCAUUCCUCCCUACUGGUCACUGGGUUUCCAGCUUUCUCGGUGGAACUAUACCAGCCUGGCUGAGGUCAAGGCAACGGUGGAGAGGAACCGUGCCACAAAAAUGCCAUAUGACAUUCAGUACACGGACAUCGACUACAUGGAGGAUAAGAAAGAUUUCACUUACGACAAAGUCAAGUUCAGCGAGCUGCCUCAGUUUGCCGACUACCUUCAUGAGAAGGGACAAAGAUACAUCCUGAUCCUGGAUCCUGCAAUAGCCACCAGCAAGAGGGUAGGGAACACUCCUUACGAAGCCUACGACCGCGGGACUGCGAAGAACGCCUGGGUGUUUGAGUCCGAUGGAAAAACUCCUCUGCUAGGAGAGGUGUGGCCAGGAGAGACCGUGUUCCCAGACUACACCAGCCAGGCCUGCAUCGACUGGUGGGUCGACGAGUACGAGCGCUUCUCCAGGGAGAUCAAACACGACGCCCUCUGGAUUGACAUGAACGAGGUGGCUAAUUUCAAGAAGGGCUCCAUUAACGGCUGUGCUGACAACAACCUCAACUACCCUCCCUACACUCCAAAGGUUCUGGACGAGGUGAUGUACAGUAAGACUCUGUGUAUGGAUGCCAAGCAGGCCUGGGGGAACCACUAUGAUGUCCACAGUCUGUAUGGCUACUCGAUGGUGCUGGCUACUGAACAAGCUCUGCAGCGGGUGUUUGGAGAGAACCGUACCCUGAUGUUGACCCGCUCCUCCUUCCCAGGUGUGGGGAAAUAUUCGGGUCACUGGCUGGGGGACAAUGGUGCCAACUGGAACGACAUAAAAUGGGCCAUCCCUGGCAUGCUGGAGUUCGGACUCUUUGGCGUCCCCUAUAUCGGUGCCGACAUCUGUGGAUUCUUUGAUGAACCCAGCGAGGAGCUGUGUCGUCGCUGGAUGCAGGUGGGAGCUUUCUACCCCUUCAGCCGGAACCACAACGCUGAGGGCUACAAGCCCCAGGAUCCAGCCGCAUUCGGCCCAGACUCGCUGCUGGUGGCGACCUCCAAACAUUACCUGGAGAUCCGUUACACACUCCUGCCGUACCUCUACACACUCUUCUACAAAGCCCACACCACGGGGGAGACCGUUGUUCGUCCCGUCAUGCACGAGUUCUUCAGUGACCGCAACACCUGGUCCGUGGACCGCCAGUUCCUCUGGGGAAGAAACCUGCUCAUCACACCUGUUCUAGACCCGGGUGUGGAAUGGCUGCAGGCGUAUAUCCCUGAUGCUGUGUGGUACAACUAUGAAUCGAUGGAACGGCUGGCAGACCGCAAAACACAGAUUAAUAUGCAUCUACCAGCAGACAAGCUUGGUUUACACAUCAGAGGUGGUGCGAUCCUUCCCACACAGAGGCCUAAUGUCACCACCACCUACAGUCGUCUCAACCCCAUGGGUUUGAUCAUUGCUCUCGAUGACAACGGCCAGGCAGCUGGGGAGCUAUUCUGGGAUGAUGGCGACACCAGAGCAACGGUUGAAACAGGCAAACACAUCCACUAUGCGUUCUCCGUUAUCAAUAGAAAAUUGACAAUGCAUGUGACCCAUGCUGGCUACCAGGACCCAAACAACCUGAAGUUUGACGACAUUGUAAUCCUCGGUGAGCCACAUCGUCCCACGUCCGUCUCUGUGACUCAUGUUAAAUCAAGCGGUGACACAACAACCAACGUGCCGGACGCCAACAUACAGCACAAUGGAGGCAAACAGGUUCUCACCCUGCAAGGCCUCGGCUUGGCUCUUGGGGACACCUAUAUCGUGGCGUGGGAACUGGACCCGGUGGAAGAGGCGUACCAGCGCUUUGACUGCCAUCCAGAGGAGAACGCAGAUGAGGCCAAGUGCAAGGCCAGAGGCUGCAUCUGGGAGCAAAGCACCGUAACAGGUGUUCCGUGGUGCUACUUUCCAACUGAUUACGGAUACACCGUCUCAAACUCCCAAGAAACCCUCUCAGGAAUGAGAGUCGAUAUCAGCCGGAACAUGAGGUACAGGAGCAGCAAUCGCCCAGGGUCACCGGACAUCAACAACCUCCGUGUUGAGAUCAUUUACCACAAAAGUGACAUGCUGCAGUUUAAGAUCUGGGACCCGGCCACAGAACGUUAUGAGGUUCCGGUAGAGCUGUCUGUUCCUCCCACUCCUGACAUCGAUGAGAACAGCAGGCUGUACAAGGUCAAAAUUACCCACAACCCCUUUGGAAUUCAGGUCUACAGGAAGAGCACAGGAACCAAGAUCUGGGACUCCUCCGUGCCAGGUUUUACCUUCUCAGACAUGUUCAUCCAAGUGUCUACUCGACUGGCAUCCGAGAACGUCUACGGCUUCGGAGAAACGGAGCAUCCCACCUACAGACACAACCUCGACUUUCACACCUGGGGCAUGUUCUCCAAGGACCAGCCUCCUGGUUACAAGAUGAAUUGCUACGGAGUGCACCCCUUCUAUAUGGGCCUCGAGGACACCACUGAUGCUCACGGUGUGCUGCUUCUAAACAGCAAUGCCAUGGAUGUGACGUUCCAGCCCACUCCAGCUUUGACCUACCGAACUCUGGGCGGCAUCCUGGAUUUCUACAUGGUCCUGGGCCCUACGCCUGAAAGCGUGGUGCAACAGUACACUGAACUGAUUGGACGGCCUGUUCUACCUGCCUAUUGGUCCCUUGGGUUCCAGCUCUGUCGCUAUGGUUAUGCUAACGACAAGGAGAUAUCAGAUCUGUACAAAGACAUGAAGAAAGCGGGUAUACCCUAUGAUGUGCAGUAUGGAGACAUCGACUACAUGGAACGUCAACUGGACUUUCUUUUGAACCCCGCCUUCGACGGACUGCCUGCCCUGGUUGACACCAUGAGGAAAGAGGGCAUGAGGUUCAUCUUCAUUCUGGAUCCGGCCAUCUCAGGCAAUGAGACCCAACCUUACCCUGCCUUCGAAAGAGGUGUAGCAGCGGACGUCUUCAUCAAAUGGCCCAAGGAGCUCAGUGAUGAAAUUGUGUGGGGGAAGGUCUGGCCUGAUUACCCUAAUGUCACUGUGGAUGAAUCUCUGGACUGGGAUACCCAAGUAAAGUUGUACAGGGCAUUCGCGGCAUUCCCUGACUUCUUCCGCGAUACAACAGCAGCGUGGUGGAGGCAGGAAAUUCAGGAUUUCUAUGACAAGACCAUGAAGUUCGACGGCCUCUGGAUUGACAUGAACGAGCCUGCCAGUUUUGUCCACGGCACAGUUGGAGAGAAAUGUCUUGGUAAUCCUCUUCUGGAGAACCCUCCUUACAUGCCACCCCUGGAGUCGAAACACCGUGGCCUAAACCACAAGACUCUGUGCAUGAACAGUGAGCAGAUCCUCCCUAGUGGAAAGAGAGUCAAACACUACGACGUGCACAACCUCUACGGAUGGUCCCACACCAAGCCCACCUACGAUGCCCUGCUGAAUGUGACAGGUAAAAGAGGGAUCGUGGUGACCAGGUCCACCUACCCCUCCAGCGGAAAAUGGGCUGGACAUUGGCUCGGAGACAACUUUGCCGCCUGGGACCAGCUUGAGAAAUCCAUUAUAGGCAUGAUGGAGUUCAGUCUGUUUGGCAUCCCUUACACUGGAGCAGACAUUUGUGGAUUCUUUAAUCCAUCCGAGUAUGAGCUGUGUCUGCGCUGGAUGCAGCUGGGUGCCUUCUAUCCAUACUCACGCAACCACAACGGCAAGGGUAACCCGAGACAAGAUCCUGUUGCUUGGGAUGAACGCUUUGCCAACGUGUCCCGGGACGUCCUGAACAUUCGAUACACACUCCUGCCCUACCUGUACACACUGAUGUAUGAGGCUCACGUCAAAGGAAGCACAGUAGUGAGACCACUCCUGCAUGAGUUUGUGGAUGAUAAAAACACCUAUGGAGUCUACAAGCAGUUCCUCUGGGGACCUGCCUUCCUCAUCACCCCUGCCCUUGCCAAGGGAGUCACAUCUGUGGAUGGCUAUGUUCCUGAUGCACGCUGGUACGACUACCACACGGCCAAAGAUGUGGGAGUGCGCCGCCAAACGCUGACAAUGAACACCCCCUUGGACCAUAUCAAUCUCCAUAUCAGAGGAGGAUAUAUCAUACCCUGGCAGAAGGCAGAGUGCAAUACAGUCCUCAGUCGGAAGAAUAAAUUAGGACUGAUCGUCGCCCUGAGCGACAGCGGCACUGCUCAAGGAUCGCUCUUCUGGGACGACGGAGAGGGAAUAGACACAGUCAAGAAAGCAGAAUAUCUACUGACCUCCUUCUCGGCACAAUCGAACACACUGACCAAUCAGGUCACCCACAAUGGCCUGCUUCCUGCUGACAAGUUGACCCUGGGUGUGGUGAAAGUUUGGGGCGCAGGCAGUGUACAGUUCACUCAUGCUACCCUGACAAAGGCAGAUGGAUCUCAACUUGCACUGAUCCCACAGCACAACCUUGACACUCAGGAGCUGAUUAUCGAUGCUACCACACUGUCUGUCCCCGUGGAUCAGGGUUUCACGUUAACAUGGAAGACCGCCGCCUGAUCGACACGAAGUGUAGCUUUUGUUUUUUCUUGUGGUUGAAUAAUUUAAACACCUGUACAUAAUGAUGCUAUAAAUUAUGAUGUAAAAUAAAUACAAUAGUUUUUGUGCAUGCAAACACCUUAUUGUUCUCCU